AAGUGCAACUGACAAUUCUUUCUCUUAGCUUUUUCCGUUUUCAUUUAUUUUUCCCGCAAAAAGUUAAAGCUAUUUAACAAAAAUGAAAACGGUUAAACUGGCUCCGAUUUCUUACAAAAAUCCUUCAGAAACCGAGUGUGUUAAAGCGAAAGCUUCCGCCAUACCGGUAAAAUACAAAAAUCUCGUAGAAACAGCGAAUGCAGUGCGUGGAAUGACCGUUCAAAGGGCCGAAGCGUAUUUGAAAAACGUGCUUGCUCACAAGGAAUGCGUUCCUUUUAAGAUAUUUAAAGGAGGAAUAGGAAAAUGUGCACAAGCCAAACAAUUUCGGACGAUCAUUGGUCGCUGGCCAAAAAAUGCCGUGAAAUGUGUUCAAGAUCUUUUAAGAAACGCUAUAUCGAAUGCUGAGUUUUACGGUAAAGACACGCAAAACCUGGCUAUCGUUCAAAUUCAAGUUAAUCAAGCCCCGGUGUCUGUAAGAAAAACCUUCCGAGCACAUGGAAGAAUCAACCCAUACGAACGUCAUUUAAGUCAUAUCCAAAUGGUACUUCGAAAGAAAGACUAAGUUAAGUUUAUGUUAGUUUCAAGUAGGUAACUAUUUCAGUGAUGUUCUUUGCUAAUUUUUUGUAAACUUUUGAAUAUAAAUAAUAAA